AUGUCGGAACUGAAGACCGGCGGUGGUAAUUCGGACGCAAGGAACCCAUUCGAGCCCAGGCAGCAAACCACGGUUCGCAGGGCGACGCACGAGGUGUAUCCACAGGGAACAGAUCUCUCGAAGCCGCAGUUUCUAGGAGACUCGCCCCUCGAUAAAUUGUUUCAGAAGCUCGAACGGGAUCUCGAGGGCAAUCUUGAUGACAUCACUCUUUCUCAAUUGGAGAGGGUGUUUUUGAACACCAAGACAGCUGGAGCUAGGCCCGAGAAUGAGGUGAGAUAUGGUGUAGUAGAGGCGCUCUUCCAUCAAUUGCAACAAAUAAGUGAGCUUUCUCUCUUGACAAAUGAAGAUCACAAGGAAAAGAACUUGAUAAGCAUUUCCCUUCAUGAUAUGAAAACAUUCAGCAAGGUUGUCAAUCUCAUCAUAAUGUACGGUGUCUAUCCUGCGACAUCUGCAUUUGGAAUAGGGAUAGCCAUCGAGAAACGAAGAAUGGGCGCAAAGGGCGGUGCCAAUUUUAAGACUAAAGAUAUUAAGCCAAUACCUCCUGCUUCGGUGGGCGACAAAUGGAGCUUUCAUCUACGUCUCUUAGAGCUCAUUUACAACAGAUUCUCAGCUGUUUUCAGCAUAGAGUCGGAUGUGCGCUCGCUUCUCCUCAAAGGAACCGGGUUUUCUGAUUUUCUUGUCACAACUCUUACUCUCGCAACGGUGCCUGAAUUCAGUGACGAGACACGGGCGAAGUAUCUGAAUUGCGUAAAGACAGUUACUACUAUACCGAGUACCUUCGAAUUAUAUCAAGUUUAUUCUGUGCUUCUUUCCUCCCCUUGUCCGCCAUUUUUCCGUUCCUUCGUUCUAAAACAACUUCAAGAUCUUCCAAGCCAGGCGCUGAAGGGAGAUGGCGUUCUUUCGUUGAUAGAAUUUGUCAUGGGGCUCCGAGACAGUGAGUCAAUAAGCAUGGAGAAGAUAGAUCAAGUUUCUGAUAUUCUCAUACUGAAGCCAAAAGAUAUUCCAAGUGUCCAAUACUUCAGCAGCAUUGGCUCUCAGUGCUAUGAUUUGCUCAUCAAUAUCAAUCGUCCAAUAAUCACAAGCGCUGUUACUCACUUCAUAAACAGACUUUGGUUCAAAAACAGCCGGAUUGUGCAAGACUUCAUUUUUAAGAAGAUUCAAAUGUGCUUUUCUCCAGUUUUGAGCUCUGAGGACACUGUUUUGGUCUCAGAAACAGCACUUAAUAAUGCCGUGAACAUUCUUGUCAGUAUUUCGAGACUGACCAUUUCCAGCGAGGCCCUUUCUUCCCUUUUUGCUCCAAUUUGGCUAGAUAUGUGGUCGUACUACACAUUUUUGAAGCAAAGUAGCAGACCCUCAGGUGUAUUCGAAGACGUUUUGAUAAACGUGAUCGAGAGUUUAGGACUGGACAGCCAACAAGCUUGCGAGAUGAUCAGCAGGAUUGGUCAGAAUUUAUCUUACGAUAAUGGCAACAAUCUCAAGUAUCGGCUUGGCCCAAACCAGCUUGUUGAAAUUGCUAGAGCUGAAAAAGACAUUUUCAAGAAGGAAUCUCCCGAAAAUAGGGUCCUUCGUUUCGUGACUAACCUUGAAACGGGUGUUGAUAGUUUCAUCGGUCUAUUGAAACGCUUGAAUUUCGAUUUCACACAGAAAUUGUUCAUUACGCUUCUCUCGAAAUGGGCCUCUCCUGACGCUUCAGCUUCACUCGAGGUCGAUCCUUUUAUUAAGCUCACCGAUCUCAAGCUCUUGGAGAGAAUAGCUACGGAGUUUAAUGAAGAACUUUCAAAAACGCCUUUUGACACCUUAGUGAUGAUGCAUUCAAUUAUCAGGCAGCUUCCUACUACUCUGACUUCUGACGAAAAAUCCUCCAUACCUCACAUCAUAUCUGAGCCCGAUCAAAUGGAUGUCGAUAGUGAUGAUGAGGAUGAAGCAGAAGCAGUAGCAUCAGGAAAUGGUCAGAAUGGCGAGGUUCAGAGUGUUGUCUUCGAUUUGCUUGCGGCUAUUGUUCUGGAAAUAUCAAGCGCACUGUUAGAUGCAAGGACUAAGGCUGAACUCGAAUCUAUUUGCACCAGUCUACAGAACAAUCCAAGCUCCAAGGCAGCGACUCUUGUCACACAGAUUAUGGAAACCAUUAACGGUCAGAAUGUCGUCGACGAUGAACGUGCUUCUCAACGACAUAAGUUGAACCGCGCCCUUGCAAACAUCAAUGACCCUCUAGUCCCAGUGAAAGCACAAGGCCUUUCUAUGUUACGUGAGUUGAUUGAAGAUGAGGCAAAGGUAAUUUCCGUUGAUUUUGUGAUCAAAACUCACAUCACCCAAUUAAGCGAUCCCGAUCCCUUCGUAUAUAUGAACGCGAUCAGGGGAAUCGAGUCGCUUUUGGCAGUUCAUAGUGAUGACGUCCUACCACUUAUUUUGCAAGCUUAUUCAGGAAGAGAUAAAAACUUUUCCUCUAUUGAUGAUCGACUCAAAUUGGGAGAAGCUUUAUUGCGGUACAUCCAAAUACAAGGAAAAGCGCUCUCUGGAGCAUCAGCUAAUGAAUUAGCACAGUGUUUACUCAAAAUGGUACGAGUUUCUUCACUGGAUGAGGAAAAGACAGAUGACCAUUUGAGAAUGUCUGCCAUGUCUCUUUUAGGUAUGUGUUUCAAAACAAACACCAUUGGAGUUUUAUCGAGCAUGCGGGAAGGAUUAGAUUGUGCAAUCGGAAUUUUGCAAUUUGAAACAAGCGAAAAGCAAGCAAUUAUGAGACGCUCUGCUUUGGUGUUGAUUCAUGACAUGAUUAUGGGAACAUCUAUGUCUGACAAAACACCAUUCCCUACAGAUUACCAACAAAAAACAUUCAACAUUGUUUCGUACGUGAAAGAACAUGACAAAGAUAUUUUGACUCGUGAGCAAGCAGCAUCAGUCCUAUCUUACAUCGAGGAAUUAGCAAAACUUGGUUUAGCGCAAGACUAA